AUGGCCACCGCCCAGCCCAAGGUUGUAUACCGUUGUGUCGAGUCCCACGAGCCAUUGUCGAUCCUCAGCAUUGAGCUCAGCCCUGAAGCAUUCGUCUUCGAUCUCGUAGCUGCAAUCAAAGAGGAAACACACUGCCCUUCAGAAGUCUUACGUGUGUAUAAGUUCGACCAACCGCUGGCCGGCCGUCCUUUUCCGGACAGAGUACGGGAAUUUGACCCGCGUUCCAAGAAUUCUCUCGACUGGACGUCGCAGCUUUCCUCUUACUUCGGUGGUCCUCCUAACACAGAUAAUCUCCAUAUAAUCAUUGUUCGUCCAUCAGGGGUAUACAAAAGGUCACGCUCGUCGUCAUCCGAUCUUCCGCUACAGAAGCGCCAGAAGAGGAUUGAAGAGUUAUUGCCUCAAAAGGCGCCGUCGACCCUUGCUCAACCGGCGGUGUUUAAAGUUGAGCAGGAGAAAAAUGACUUGUUCGAUUUCAACCGCCCUUCACGCCCUGACAGUAUUCCUAUCACCCUUCUCCACCUCGUAUUCGGUCAGUUUGUUGACGAUUCGAUGCGGUUGACGCCUGCGGCAGAAGAUUACAAUUUUGCGAUAGCCCUGCGCGAUGUUAUGGCGCAGUGUUACGAGAACGAAGCAUCGCGCGUGGAUGCGUUCCGCCGUGUCUUCAAGGAAUACUACGGGAUUGUAUUGGGUCAGACAGGAGAGCCGCUGUCCAACUCUAUCACCGAUGGCAAUUAUCGCGUGAAAGCGUUCUGUGCUGUGACAGGCCAAGCAAAUAAUGAAAUCGGAUCGUCAAAUGCUGACCCUUACUUACGAGCCGGAAUCCACUAUGCACACUUCGUGAAGUCGAUGAAGGCAACGUUGAAGGGGACAGUUCUACCAUGUCUGAUUGUAUAUUGUUUUGGACCGUGGUUAGGUAUUGCGGGUGCAGCAUACACGGGUGUCGUCCGUCAGGACGUUCUCACCCCAGUCCUUCCUCUGAUAUGGGAGCCCAGAGAUGAAAUCAUGAUCACAAGUGCAGCGCGAAUCUUUGGUGCUCUAAAAACGGCUAUUAGUCGACUCCAUUCCUACUACGUUGUCCAGCUACCUCUCAUUCUUUCGCUGGAGUCGAAGUUGCCCGGUGUGGAGUAUCCGUAUCCCACCGUGUACCGUUGCCUGACGACCGCUGUCGACAUCUCGUUUCGAUAUAUAGGCGUCAUCCCGCACAAAUUAAUUUUCAAGGGGCUAACAAGCAGCGAAGAACCAAUCAUUAUUAAGUUUACGCGCAGGUACUCUAAACAAGCGCAUAUCUAUUGUGCAGAUCGCGGCGUCUCUCCACGCCUACGCGGCUACGAAGAAAUACCCGGAGCAUGGCACAUGGUCAUCAUGGACAUGUUGGACCCCGCUCUCUAUUUUUCGCUGGAUGACGCUAGGGACAAUUUACACGAACACUUGGGGCUCAUUCAGAGCACGGUUGAGGAUAUGAUUUGUUCUCUACACGGGGGCGGUUUCGUUCACGGCGACUUACGCGAUGCCAAUUUUCUGGUGGCGGUAGGAGGGCUGAUUGAUGUCAAGCUUAUUGAUUUCGAUUGGGCAGGUCCAGUAGGCGAGGUCCGGUACCCUCCAAAUGUGAAUCGAGUGACGGUGCGCCGACCUGCAGGAGUUUUUGACGGGGAACUUAUUGAGAAGGAACAUGACCUUACGAUGAUUGGCUUUAUGUUUCAUAAUAAAUCUUGA